CUCUUCUAUCAGAGGACGCAAUUAUAUGUCUACAUUUUUAUUCCAUUAUUUUCAGCCUUAAAUCUUUCUAUAUGCCAUCCAAAAUGGAAGAACUUGUAGUAGUUGAAACAACAAAGACUUGAGACGAGAAAUACAAAUCUUGUUUAUGCCCUAAACUACAUAGUCAUUCUCCAACGCCUUACUUUCUGGGUUUUCCCUCAUCUUUUGGUUGUACUCUUCUUUUUUGCAUGCAGCUUCCUUUUCACAGACCGACUGAAAGGAUCUCGAUAAGCAGUAAAAUGCAAUACUUGUCGGCCCCCUAAGAAAGGAUGCCAAACAAGCUAUGGUUUGCACUGCAGAUGAUUUAUCAGCAUGGAAGGAUUUUCCAAAGGGUCUCAAGGUCCUUCUUCUCGAUGAGGACAGCGAUUCAGCUGCCGAGUUAAAAUCAAAGCUUGAAGCAAUGGACUAUAUUGUUUAUACCUUCUGCGACGAGAAUGAAGCUCUUUUGGCAGUUUUAAGUAGGCCUGAAAGUUUCCAUGUAGCCAUUGUAGAGGUUAGUAGUACAAACAAUAACAAUGGGGGUUUCAAGUUUCUUGAAACCACAAAGGACUUGCCCACCAUUAUGACUUCAAAUUUUCAUUGCAUCAGCACCAUGAUGAAGUGCAUAGCGCUUGGAGCAGUCGAGUUUCUUAGGAAACCUUUGUCUGAGGAGAAACUACGGAAUAUAUGGCAGCAUGUGGUUCAUAAGGCAUUCAAUGCAGCGGGAAAAGACCUUUCUGAAUCACUAAAUCCUGGUAAAGAAUCCUUGGUUUCAAUGCUGCAUUUACAAUUGGAAAAUGGAGAACCUAAGAUUGAAGACUCGGAUAAAGCUGAUGAAGCAUUUGUGACUCAUGAAAAUGACCCUGAACCAUCAAUAGUAAGUGAUAUGUACUCACUAGAGAAGGGAGGAAGGCUGUUAGCAGAUGGGGAUUGCCAUGAUCAUACUAACUGCUCGUCUGAAAAAGAGAGAUGCGAGCAAGAUGGAGAGUCUAAAUCUGUUGACACUACCAGUGACAAUUCAAUUGCUGAAGUAACUGCACCCCUUGGCGAACCCCAGGAACCAAGGGGGACAAGAGUAAAAGUGGAGGCCGACAUAGUUCAUGGUACCAAGGGCGAGAGUUCCCUGUGCUCUCAAACACAAAACGGAGAAAAUAACAAAGAUUGUCAUGUUGUUGCUGAAAACCCCAAUACAGUUUCUGGUAUUCGUAGUUCUUGUCCAGACAAAGCUAAUCGGAAAAAAUUGAAGGUAGACUGGACUCCAGAACUCCACAAGAAAUUUGUACAGGCAGUGGACCAACUAGGUAUAGAUCAAGCUAUCCCGUCUCGAAUACUGGAGCUAAUGAAAGUAGAAGGCUUGACACGGCAUAAUGUUGCUAGUCAUCUCCAGAAAUAUAGAAUGCAAAGAAGGCACAUUUUGCCGAAGGAGGAGGAUCGAAGGUGGCCACAUAGAGAUCAAAUGCAAAGGAGUUGUUAUCCACAUAAACCGAUCAUGGCCUUCCCGACACAUUACUCAAGUCAUGUUGUCCCAGUAGGUCCACCCUAUCCCGUGUGGGGACCACCUCCCCUUUCAUCCAGCAUCCAGAUGUGGGGCUCACAUAGUUACCCCCCUUGGCAAUCACCUGAAAGUUGGCAUUGGAAUCCAUAUCCAGGGGUGCAUGCUGAUGCAUGGGGUUGUCCUGUUAUGCCCCCACCUCUUGGAUAUUCUUCUACGUUCACUCAAAAUGCAUCUGCAUUUCAUUAUUCUGUCACCGUGGAUAACAGAAGUGGCAUGCCUCAAAAUUCCGUUGAACAUCAGCCGGCGGAGGAGGUAGUUGACAAGGUUGUAAAGGAAGCAAUAAACAAGCCAUGGUUACCUUUGCCUUUAGGCCUCAAGCCUCCUUCCACUGAUAGUGUGCUAGCUGAGCUCUCUAGACAAGGCAUCUCCAACGUCCCUCCUCACAUCAAUGGCCGUAAUCUAUCCUGACGUGGCAGUGUAACUGGUUCGUUCGGACCACCUUUUUUUGCUUCACUUUGAACUAGUUCAAGCUCCCAUCAUUCACUCAUGAAAGUAGGAAAAAUGAAAAUAAAAUAAAACAUUUUCAGAUGUUUGCGGUGCGUGA